AUGCAGUGGCGCGACGUCGCCGCUGCCCCACUGCACUGCUGCGAGCACGCCCCCGGCAGCGAGGGCAAGGGCGCCGAUGCGGGUGUUGCGGAGGGGGGGGGAGGCAUCGCGCGCGACGGUAGCACGCCGUGCCCGCCCGGGCGCGGCGGCGGAGGACUCCUCCGGGCCCGAAUCCGCCGCCGACACCUCCGCUUUCGCGAGGCGCUCGACUCGCUCUGUGCCGAGGGUGGCGUCGGUGGCGGUGACGGCCAGUGUCGUCCCUCUGAGGGCUCCGCGGAAGGGCUGCGGCACUUCUGCGUGGAGCGAGGGCUGCGGCACUUCGGCCUGCAUCGCGACGCGGUCGGCUGGCGCUUUCGCGAGUGGGCGCCCUCGGCUGCCGCCGCGUCGCUCGUCGGUGACUUCAACGGAUGGGACGUGACGGCGCACCCGUGCGAGGAGGUCGGCGGAGGGGUGUGGGAGGCCUUGGUGAGGGACGACGACACGACGCUGCUCGUGCCGCUCCGCGUCGGCGCGAGGUUCAAGGUUGCGCUGCGGGGGCUCGCGGGCGGCGGCGAGGGAGGAGGCUGGGAGGGAGGAGGAGGCUGGGUGGUGUCGAUGCCGGCUUGGGCUCUGGAGGCGUGGCACGUGCAGCAGGACCCGUCUUCGUACGAGGUCUGCGCGCUGGUGCCGCGCAGCCUCGGCGGCUUUGCGUGGCAGCACGCCCGCCCGUCGCGGCCGCCCGGCUCGCUGCGCGUGUACGAGGUGCACGUGGGGAUCGCCACCGCGCGGGAGGAGGUUGGCCGCUGGUCCGACCUGCGCACGGACCUGCUCCCUCGCAUCGCGAAUCUCGGCUACACGGCGCUGAGACUCGGCUCGACGUCGUCCCCUCGACAGCACAGCAUGCUCUCUCCGACACACAAGGGCGCGGGCUUCGCUUUCGGGGGCGGUCAGGGAGGGGUCGGGGCGCUGCAGGGGAGCGCGAGGCGGCCGCUCGCGGCGCGGCUGUGGCCGGCGGGGCUGAGACGCGAGUUUGUCGAGGGACUGCUCGAGGGCACGGUUGGCGGCUUCCUCUGCAAGAGCAGUUGCGAGAUGGUGCUUGGCGACGCCGACGCGCGGCUCAACUAUGACCGCUCGGGCGCAAAGGCGACGCGCGACGGCGGGGUGAGCGCAGACUCGGCCGUCGGCCUCUUCCAGACCGUGUUUGGGUCUGCCGACUUCGACCCUCUGGCGCUGCAGGGCAGCCGCGAGAUAGGCAGCGCCGAGGCCGCGUUCCGCCAGCGGCGGCGGGAGACGGAGGUGGCGGUGGCGCUGGCGGAGAGGCUCGACGCAGCGGCGGGGCGGGAGGAGGCGUGGUGCUACACUUCGUACGCCAGCGCGGCGGCCUUCUCUGCCGGCGGCGCGGCCGCGGCGCUCUCGCUCGUUGGUGGCGCGGUGGCGGCGGCGGCGUCGACGCAGCGAGCCGCGGCGGCGGCGUGCGAGGCGGAGAAGGCGGCGGAGGCGCUGGUCGCUGCGGACGCGGCGUCCAGCGAUGCGGCGCGAGCCGCGGCGGCGGCCGCGGCGGCGGCGGCGGCGGCGGAUAGGACUCAUGCGCCGCCGGGCGGCGGCGGGCUGGCGGCGGCGGCGGCCGAGGCGGACGCGGGGGCGCUCGAGGCGGCGGCGGAGGAGGCGA